AUGGCUGUCUCUGUAUUACAGGUGAAGGAUCUGACCAAGUUCCUGGAUCCAAGUGGGCUGGGGGUGAUCAGCUUCGAGGACUUCCAUCGAGGAAUCUCGGCCAUCAGCAAUGGAGGUGAGUCAGAGGAUCUUCCUUCCAAAGCUGUGAUGACCAUGACUGCCAUCAUAGUUUGAACUUUUAUUUGGAAACACCUUUGAAAGCUCGAAAAUGAGGCCUAUGUGCUCUCACUGACAUGCACCAUUUUAGUCAAUUUUUUGGGGGCAACUUUUGUCAAUCACUAAGUAUCCCUAUCCCCUAGAUAGACUCAAAUAGAUCAUUACAUGAACUAUUUGCAAUUGCUAUCAUUUCAUUAAGUCUGCUACUACUAACAAUAUGGAGAGCUGUAAUGUUUUAAGAUCAGGGCUUCCAUUGACCAGUGCCAUAUGUUGGUCCUAUCAGGCUCUAUCUAUCCCAGCUUCUUCCUGAUGGCAGCUGCCAUUGUUCAUAUGCUCACAUGAUUUUAGCUAAGGUGAAAGGUUUUGAGGAGGGGAAAAAAACAGUGACCCAAUUUCAUUCAGACUGCACUUCAAAUCACAUAGUUUUUCUUUCACGGAACGUUUACAGCCUCCUAUAAACCUUCCUUUCUAAACAAUGGAAGCAAUGUAUCAUGUGCCUGACUACUGAGUCGUCAUGUUUCUCUCUACCUUCUCAUCCAUUUCAAGGAAGGAUGAGAGAUGUGUCCUGAAAAGUAUAGGCCGUAGACUGCUUGUUUACACAAUGUCCGUUUUUCAGCCCACCCAUAAAUCAUCGGUUGCUACAAACAAAUAAAAACAAAACAAAUAUUCCACUGCAAUCCUGUUAUGAGUCACUGUAAAGCGCUGAUGGAUUUAUCCAUCCAUGAAGCACCUCAAGCGUCAGCAAUAUUGCCAUCAUUAUGGUAAAGAAUGUCACCCUGGUGCUAUGCUGACAUCAUCAUACAGAGACGGUGUUGACAUCACACACUAGCUGUGUUAGCGUGCUGCACAGGUUUGUGUUGAUGUCAUCGCAACAGUGUUGUUGCCCUGGCUGCCACCACAGCCCUUUGCUUUGCUGUUGGUCUGUGUUGGAGUUUUUCCCAGUGCUUUCUGGGUUACAACUGCCCCAUUUACCCGGACCGUUAAUAAGUAAUAUGCUGGAAAGCAUGAGACACGAGGCACAUGGACUUCUGCUAGGCCAGGUUUCAGCUAGAGAAUGAGAGAGGGAGGGAGGGAGGGAGAGGGACUGGGACUGAGUCCUAUUCGCCUGAAUAAUUCAGUGUCUCUCUCUCUCUCCCACUCGUUUCUCAUCGUCUCUCUCUCCCACUAUGUCUCUCUCCUGGUGCCAGCGCCUUAUCCAUUUCAUGAGACCUCACAAAGGACAGGAGAAAGAGUCACUCAAGCCAUGUAAAGACUGUUCUAAGGUCACUGUAACAAGUCCAUGAUAUAGCCUAACCUAAUUAUUUUCUUCAAACCUCAGGACUCUAGUUUGCCAUGAACGUGUGAAGAUCAGAACACUUAACUUCCCCGGCCUCUCACACUUCGUUGUCAGAAUUCCAGUCCGUCUGUAUAGCCAACCUUGCUCAGGGCUACAAGUAUUCUGCACUGGUCACCCCCACCUCGUUUCCCUGGAGUCACAUCAGAAAACCUGCUAUUCCAGCUCCAACUGGAACCACAGUUCAGUUUCAAUGUUUACUUUUUUAAAUUUUAACUUGGUUUCUCCUUGUCAUUUCUCUGUCGGUUACUGGCUGGAGGUGCCUUUAAUAAAGAAAAGCCUGUUGGCAGUGUAAAUACCUUACCCCCCGUGUUGUCUCUGGCAUGUCUGGAAUAGCUAAGCCAGUGUAGCACAGGGAGACGUGUUGAAUAAAGUCUGUCAACUCUUAGAAAAUACAAUGUGUCCCUGUACAUUGUGACUCUUUUGAGUUGGUGCCAAGCGACUCCAGCACUCUGCCACCCUAUACAGAGGGACAUGCAACCCUCUCAAGCGAACCUCCUCCCAGCACAAAAUUAGACUUUAUAUUCUACUUAACUACCCAGUAAUCUGUAUCAGUCCUGAACAGCAGCGGCUGUUACGUAAGACCAGGGUAGAACCUGCAUGUGGUCCAGCGGCCACUGCUGUCAAGAGCACUGUUUGUGUUCUUUUAGCUCAGCAGCAGGGUGCUAUUCAGAGCUCUGUUAACUAGAGGAGCCUUCCCCAGUGGCUGCUGGGAGUCUGGCCCGACACCCUAUUGUCCGCUCCCGAUUUGGUCGGUCUCGGGUUUCACAGCGCUUAUUUGCAGGUGCUUUCGUUGGAGGCUCUAAAUCUGAAUUUGAUAGGGGUCAUUUUGUGUUCUUUUAUUGGUUGAUUUAGCUCACACACACUUCACACACUCACAUUGCACACAGCAGCCCUUGAAAUGUGACUGUUACAUAAUGUUGAUUGUUACUCCAAGCAUAAAGACUCGUUUUCUAAAUAGGGCGGCGAGGACAUGUACGGUAAAAGAAGCACUGUAGUUGACCAUAGCACAUUUGACUUUGGUUCAGACAUUUAGUCCCCCCCUUCUGUAUACUUUCAAAGUUUGCACUUUUAAUAAAAAAGCUGAAAUCCUUUUUGUAUUCGCCUGACUUACACAAUGCAGCCUAUUAUUAAUUCUCUAACGUGUAGUUAAAUCUUUAACUCUCAGAGUUGACCCGACAGUAUUUUCUCUGUUUACUGUAUUACACCUGUGUAGUGGCGGUGUUCUAUCAUAUUUCCGUGGUAUGUUGGCUCUAUAUUGGCUCUGUGUUUACCAUCGCAUUGUGUUGACUUUGAUCUGUAUGUGUUUGCUGUGUGUGUAUUGGCCUGCAUGUGUUGACCUUGUCCUGUCUGUGUCUGCAGGGGCAGAGCCCCAGCUCUACGACGUGCACUUCAGCCCAGGGGACGGAGCCGUGGGCUGCCCAGAGGAGUACGAUGAGGUGGGUGAUGUCAUUGGAUAUAGUCAUCGCAGUCAUUGGUUACAAUACAGUUACUACUAGCAAUAUGACCACUCACACAGACUUGACUACAUCAGAAAAACAGUGUGACUGACUGCACCACAGUAUAUGAACCCUCGACAUAAAGCAGUAUAAUAUGGGUCACGGUGGUCUAAUGUGAAUGUAUAGCAUGGUACACCACUGUGACUGCCCAUUUGUAAUUUAUUAUGGUCUUGUGUGGUCCAGUUGUGCUGUCCCCAUUGUCCCUUUGCAUACAGAGCUCCCAGGCUGAAGUCUCUGUGCACUCACACAUCCCACAGUAAUUCAGCGAGUGGCCAGCGAAGCUAUCAUUACCACUCCGUGAAUAUUCCGCAUGCUGAACUUUACAGUUUGGCACCCGUCGUAUGACAUCUGGCUGAAUUUUCACAUCGUAUUUUUCUUUUGACAAAAUAUUGAAUGGUUGGAGUCUGGUUGUACUUUACACACGCAUGCUAUUAUGUUUUUUCAGCUGCGGUGGGGGCAUAUCUGACAUUCCUGGCUCCUCUUAUGCGUGGACUUGUAUAUUUAAAGGGAAACUUGUUCAAAUGUUCAACUUCAUAUUCAUCAUCACCUGAAAAUUGGUGCAUUUCUAUGUUUUGUAGUAAAAAAACAUAGUGGAAGAUAAGUGUUUCCAAUGACAUCAUUGGUGUGCAUCGUGUGAUUUUGACCAAUUGUGAGUAGGCAUAGCCUACUAAUUGCCUGCUAAUUGCUUGAUGAUGUCAUUGGAAAUAUUUGUCUUUCUCAAUCUUUUUUACUACAAAACAUAGAACGCGCCACUUUCACAAAUGUUGGGGUGGUGCUGAAGAUGAUGAAUAUGAAGAUUAGACCUUUUCUUUCUACUGUUAUUCAGUCAGUUUGCUUCCAGCACUGUAGUAUGAGUGCACUGUAUCAGUCUGAGUCUGCACACUGUGUAGUUUCAGCACCCCCCGUUGGUAUGGCUAAUUAGUGCAGUCUGUAGUCUCAGGCAAAUAUACAGCAGCGGUCUGGUCAGGCCACAGGGUGUGCAGGCUUUGGCCCUAACCUAGCACCCAAACACUUAGGUCUUAGUGACUACUUGAGAGUUUGAAUCAAGUCCAGCACCGUUUUUCAAUGGACUUUCAUUUGUAUUACCCUCAAAAAGUUUGAGUACUUUUUUAAUUUUAGUCCCCCGUGGGAAACGCACCCACAACCCUGGCGUUGCAAGCGCCAUGAUCUACCAACUGAGCCUGUAGUAACAAUAAUACAACUACUAGCCUUUAGUUAUUGCACACACCUCCAAAAACACAGUGAAGUGAGUUGCAGAAACGGUUUGCUUAAGAUCAGUGUUGGGUCUGUCCUCUCCAUGACAUUGAAUUAAACAUUAACUGAUGUAUCACUACAGUAUACAUUUCAAAAAAUUGUCCUGCCCUAAGAAAUAGCGGUAGCUCUAUUGGACGGAGUUUGGGGAGAGUUGGUGGUUGGUGCUUUUAAAGUCGACGCCACACCUGUGUCCCUGAACUCUGUUUUUCCCCUGGGGUCCUGGCAGUAAAGAUUCCUCACUCAAUGGCCACCCUGUUCUAACCCUGUUUGCUCUCAAAACAGGAGAGGUGAGGUAGCUGGGCGGAGGGCCUGCUUGCUUUGAGAAAACCAAACGCCCCACCCUCCUCCUCCUCAUCCCCACCCUCCUCCUCCUCCUCCUCCUACUUUUCCUCUUCCUUGUCCUUCCCACUCUCAGCCAGCUUGUUUACGUCCCCAAAAAACACCCAACCAGUGCGUUGUUACCCCCCUGUCAUUGUGAGAGUAUCUCUCCCUGUCAAUACAUGGCCAUUGUAGCCUAACCUCUUCUUAUAAGGAAGAGAUGCAUUAACACAGCCAAUCCAGACCCCUCUCCUCCAAUGGCUCCAUCUCUGGGCUUACGUCAUGCUGGUUUUGCCUCCUUAAAGGUCCAAUGCAGCCGUUUUUAUCUCAAUAUCAAAUCAUUUCUGUGUUAACAAUUAAGUACCUUACUGUGAUUUGUUUUUCAUGAAAAUGGUCAAAGAAAUAAAUAAAUGCUUUUUAGCAAAGAGCGAUUUCUCAAGCAAUAAUUUUGCUAGGACUGUCUGGGAGUGGUCUGAAUGGGUAGGGGAAAACUGAAAACUAGCUGUUAAUGGCAGAGAGGUUUGGAACUCUCUUUCUUAUUGGUCUAUUAACUAAUUUACUAUCACCAGGCAGGCCAAAACUCCAUCCCACCAAAACAGGCUGACAUUUCAGACAGUCUUUUUCAAACAGCUCUUACACUAAGAGGGUAUCAUACAUUUUACAGUAUCCAACCUCAUAGUUUGGAAAUAUAUAUAAAACACAUGAAAGUCAAAUGUUUUACUGCACUGGGCCUUUAAGGUAAACAAUGAGUCAGUUAAUGGCUAUGCACAUACAGUAUAUUUUUUAUUUGUUAUGGAUCCCCAUUUGCUGCUUCCAAGGCAGCAGCUACUCUUCCUGGGGUCUAGCAAAAUUAAGGCAGUUAUACAUUUAAAAAACAUUACAAUACAUUAAUAACAGAUUUUACAACAUAUUAAGUGUGUGCCCUCAGGCAUCUACUCUACUACUACAUAUCUAUAACACAAAAUCCAUGUGUACAUGUGUGUAUAGUGCGUGUGUGUGUAUGCAUGUGUCUAUGUUUGUGUUGCUUCACAGUCCCCCGCUGUUCCAUAAGGUGUAUUUUUAUCUGAUUUUUAAAUCUAAUUUUACUGCUGGCAUGAGUUACUUGAUGUGGAAUAGAGUUCCAUGUAGUCAUGGCUCUAUGUAGUAUAUGGCCCUCUUUGUCCAAUCAUACAAGCCUGUGAAGACGGGUAGAACAGGCGGUGGCUUAAUGAUUCACCCUGUCACAUUGGUCCAGGAACUAGAGACAUUGAAGUAGAAAAGUUAAAGGGGACAUUGCUCCCUUUCUUUCAUAUGAUGUUUUUACCAUCAAAUUCCGUGAGAGGGGUAGUUGGGGUGGUAGUGGGAGUACGGCCUGUACCGUUGCCUUCCCCUGCCCUUCGGACUCUUUCAGUCUCCAGACUCCACCCCUUUUGAGAACCGACUGGAGCUGAACUAGGUGUUGGGGAUUCUGUGUUUUACACUCUUGCUUUCUGAGAUUGAAAAGGAGGAAGCGCUAGGAGGGGAAAUUACUGGGGGUUUCAUGACAGGCCAGUCUUCCUGCCCGUGAGCCCCAGGCAGACAGCAUGGUUUUGGGCAUGGUGGACAGCCCUCUGGGCCCGGUUCCUCCUGGAGCUCCACACAGACAGGUAUGGGAGGCUCUCCCAUGAGGGCUCUCUUGCUCUGGACUCAUUAAGACUCACCUGGCAGGCUCUGGUUAUAGCUAAAUGUCUUAUGAAGUUCUAUUGAGUAUCUAUCUGAACAUUUGGAUGUUUUGGUGCUUCGAGCUUAGGAAGUGAAAUCUCUGUGUUAGUCAGUGUUGACUCGAGGUGUUGACACAGCAGGUUUUGCUUGGCACGGACAUCUGAAACCAUCUGAUAUGUGUUUAUGCCGCAUAUUUUGUUUGGAUGCUGCUCUAAUUGGCUUUUCACCGCCACUGGCAACAGUUGAAUUGUGAAUAUGGUCUCCUAUGAGAAUAGUCUUUCUUUGCUUGUUUUCUUUGAAUAACUGUCAAUGAUUGGUGAUGUCAAGUUUUUAACAGACUUCUCAAGAUUGACACAAUUUGGCCUCUACAAUCCAUAACGAUCAUAAUUAAGCUGUGCUGCUUGGUUUCAUGAUAUACGUAACAGCUUGUUAAUCAUUACCACCGUUUGUUUCUUUCCAUAUCUGCUCAGGAUGCGUCACAGAUAAACAUGUUUCCUCUGGAGUCAUAAUUUAUAUCAAUGAAUGCUGUCAGCAAAAUUAUAGCUAGGAAAAAGUAGGCCAUAAGUCUCAACCAUGUCCAUUACAGCCUGUGUAUGUAGUCAUCAGCUCUGAACGGGGUGUUUUGAUGUUGAUUUGCUUUAUACAGUCCACCCACACAUUAGCUACUGUAUGGACCUACCAGACAUCAUACUGCUAUUUUUAGUCACCAGGAAAUGAUUUCUCAAUUCAAAUGACAUCCACUUAACUCUCUUUGUGUACCAGGGCGGCAGGUAGCCUAGUGGUUUAGAGCGUUGGGCCAGUUACGGUUCGGAAUCCCCGAGCUAGGUGAAAAAUCUGUCGAUGUGCCCUUGAGCAGGGCACUUAACCCUAAUUGCUCCUGUAAGUCGCUCUGGAUAAGAGCGUCUUGCUAAAUAACAAAAAAUGUACAUACUUUAGACCACUAUUGUGAAGUUAUAUGAUUACUAACUUUGUCUUAUAGGAGAACUAAAAUGGUCCUAUUUCCCUCCUGUAGCAGAAUGAAGUGACAGACAGUGCCUACCUGGGCUCGGAGAGCACCUACAGCGAGUGUGAGACGUUCACCGACGAGGACACCGGAGCCCUGGUCCAGCCCGAGAUGCACGAGGAUGUGGAAACGGACAGCGGCAUCGAGGCCACGCUCCACGACCCUGAGGACAGCAGCAACAGGUCAGUUCUGGCUCCCUUACGCCUCUUUACUCCAUGUGGAGCGAAAGGCUGCAUGGUCAUUUGCAGUUUUCUCAGGACAGGCCCCUGGCCCAAUAGUUAGUCCUGAUCGUCACCUAUAACCUUAACCGCGGCCCCUUAACUCGACCCACGUACAGUUGGCACAGCAGAUAUUGCGCUGUGCGAAAUGCAAGACGCUCUCACACAGUCACACAUAGUAUCUGCCAAUGUGCAUGGGGUUCGCUUCGUGACUUUACAACGUGGUAGCCACGGGAACAAAACAGCGAAGAAGUUGAGCUUCACUCUUCAGCGCUCUUAGUUGUUUGCGUAAAUUGACCCACUAUGCUGUUUACUUUCUGCAUCUACGUCAUAUCGCUGAGUCCACCUUUAACCUUGAGCUAAAGUUGUAAUCCCAUAUGUAGCGAAGUCGAGGUGAGGCAAAGGUAGGUCAAAGCUGUCCUGAAUACCACCCAACCAGUCACUGCUCAUCACUCAGACACCAGGGGUUUGCACUGUAACACUAUAGUACAUAUAGGCCUAAAUAGUAAUGGGAAUUAACUAGGAUAAGCCAAACUAACGCAAGCUCCAGUCAUCACAGCCUCUGUAUCAUCAAGCCUGUAUCUCGUCUUAGAUUCUACAGACGACUUGGGAGUCUAUGUGGGUCACCAGACAGAGAUUAAAUAGAGGCAAUAAUAGCCACCAUUGUAAUGGCCCUGGGCUUGAAAUACCUUUCGUCUACAGAGAGCGAAAGUCUUAUCAUAUCAAUCUAAUUGAAGAUGCCUUUUGUUUAUGGUUUCUCCAGGGUGGUUGGUCAUGGCUGCUCCUCAAGUGCAUGCAGGCUCUCAUGUCCCUCUAGUCUAAUUACUAUGGUUUGAAUUGAUCAGUUGACAAAUUAAAUAGAUCAUGGUAUUUUCUUACUAUUGGACGAUUACUGUUGGCCAGAUGUGUUUUGGACUCUUAGAUUUGCAGUGGGACCUGUCUUCAACACAUGGCAGAUAGCUUGCAGGCCUAGAUAAAGUGAUUAUUGUGAUGAAAUACAGCACAUGGUUAUUUGAGGAACAAAGCCUGGAGAUCAUAGUUAUUUUGAGUGACGAUUUUAUUUAUUUAGUAAGGACCAGAUGGUAGAGAACAGAGAUCUUAGGUCAUCAUCAUCAUUUUCAAAGGCAUAAUAGAUCACUGACAGUUUGGAAGGAACUUGCUUAUCCCACUAUUAAACUACACUUGGGUUGUUGAACAUUCUACCCUUGUUUUUUUGUUCUGGUGCUGCACAACAUUAGAGAUGACCUCACACUCAGACACAAUGUAAUAUCCAGAGACCUUGAAGAGACAGCCAUGUGAGCCCUGAUCUAUCCACUGAAUGUUUGACUUUGUCUUUUGGCUGACUAUGAGCUUUGAGAUCAGUUGAUCUUCAAUGGCCAAGAGUUAUGUGUUGCUGCAAUGAUUACAGUAAGUUAAUAUUUUAUAUUGACAUUUACCUGCAUUUUUACCUAAACUUUUCUGGUUAGCGGAAAGCAGGCAAUAGCAUGACACCUCUUGCGUUUUGAGCUCUGUUUGUGGAGUAUUGUCAACGCCCAACAAGUUCAGUUUGUUUCAAGUUAAUGCUACUUUAUUUGUCCCCUUAGGGCAAAAACUAGACAUAUUGUCCCUUCGGGCAAAUACUGAUAACAUAUUACCAUUGUCUCCAUGGGGCGGCGCACAUUUGGCCCAGCGUCGUCCAGGGUAGGGGAGGGAAUGGCCGGCAGGGGAUGUAGCUCAGUUGGUAGAGCAUGGCGUUUGCAAUGCCAGGGUUGUGGGUUCGAUUCCCACAGGGGGAAAAAAAUAUAAUGUAUGCACUAACUGUAAGUCGCUCUGGGUGUGGUCCUCUGUAGCUCAGCUGGUAGAGCACGGCGCUUGUAACGCCAAGGUAGUGGGUUCGAUCCCCGGGACCACCCAUACACAAAAAUGUAUGCACACACGACUGUAAGUCGCUUUGGAUAAAAGCGUCUGCUAAAUGGCAUAUUAUUAUUAUUAUUAUAAGAGCGUCUGCUAAAUGACUAAAAAAUGUUUUUUUAAAAAAAUGUAUUGUGCUCUUUGUCUAAGAAUUUGUUUUGGUUGGGUUCUUCCACCCCUAAUGAUUUAAUUGGGUCAAUAGUUAGAAUGAGGCAAAGAUUAUUAACUGUGGUCCCUCUGUAGUGUGUCCCAAUGCCCUGUUCCUAAGAUGUCAGAUUAGUGCCCGCCACCUGUUUGGAACAGCCACUUGACACAGGCAGCACACUGUUCCAGAUAUCUCUGUCAAGAGCUUAUGUGUUUAAGUGUUUGACACCUGAUUGUAGAAGUUUACAUCAAGUCAUUUUUUAUGUAGGCUACGACUGCAGUAACUUGAUUUUACUUUAGGCCAGGGUUCCCCAACUGGCGGCCCGCGUGCCGAAUUUGGCCCGCGGGUGACUUUAUAUGUUCCAAAGUAUAAUAGAGAGAUAUAUUUGAUCGUAACAAAUGUAAGCAAGGUUUGAAAUGAUUAUGUUUAGUCAUCUUAUAUCUGUUUUGGCUUCUUGCGGUCAAUUUGCAGUCUACAAAUUAUUUGUAAUUAUGUUCCGGACCCCUGACCAUCCGCUCAAGAAAGUAGUUACUGUUUGGGGUCUGUAUUCUGAGUGUAUUAAUGAGUUGUUUUUGCCUGUAGUGCUGGGGUCAGUCAAGAGGGAGGAGGAAGUGUAGGGGAAUGAGGCCUUAUCUGCUGACUGUGUAACCUGUCUCUCCGGGUAGAUGACGGAUCAGGGGGGGGUGGACCAGUUGACAGGGAUGUGUUUGGACUUCCUGUCCACAGCUGAGCCUUGAAUUCCAGGAAGUGUGGAGUUUGCUCUUUUUUUGUUCUUUUCCUUUUUUUCUGGCGAGGGCCCCAUCUUCCCGCUCCCUGCCACCUCUUUCCUUCAUGCUGAUGGAAAGCCCGGCCGGCAGACACUUCCACUUUCUCCUGUUUCAGCAGUCCUGCACUAUCAGCGGUUUGGCAGGAAUUAUGGAAGGUCGUCCCCUGACUCACCAGGGCUGAACUUCCCCCGAAAUAAAAGACUUUAAGUAAAUUUUGACCUUUCGCUGGGCUGAAUUGUGUUGACACAUUUUGAAUAGAAAUGUAUUCCACUGCCAAACGGCAAAGUCUAUCCAACAUCCAUUUUCUACUCUGCUAUGUCAGAUCAUGCCCCUGUUACUCUUCACAUACAGGUGUUUUCUUAUACAACUUUCUAGAUUUAGCUUGUUGUGGCUAUCUCAGGCCUCACCUAUCCAUUCUUCCUUGAGACAGAUUCCUCUGCAUUUCAGCUCAGUUCCUUCUUUGAGUUCCAUAUUUCCUGUGUUGAAUUGCCCUGUCUGUCACUGAUGGGUCAGAAGAUCACAGCAGGUGAAUUACAAAAACCAACCACAACCAUUUUGAGUUGAUGUCACUGUGAAAAGGUUUACAAUUGGUGGCAGCGGUGGGAUCACAACAGUCCCGUUUGACCAUCAGAGGUAAAGAUAAUUAUAUAACAAUCAGAUGUGCUACUCUAAAAUUAUAAAUUGGCUUCAUGAAAGCAAUUGUUAUACAGCAGGCCUAUGUGUGUAACUCACAUCAUAUUCCACUGGAGUCCACUGGAAUCAAGUGAUGGCUCCCAUGAUGAUCCUGCCCCAUUAAAAAUAUUUUAAGCGAAUCAGCACAAUAACAACACACUCCCACCUCCCUGUCAUGUGCUCUUGGAUAAAGACCUAGAGGAAUUUCCUAUUCCUACACACGAUGACUCAACACUGUCAGUAACGUUUAACAAAAGGGCCUUUAAGCUUUGGUUUUUCAACACCUCUUAGUAGUUUCUGUGGCCCAGGAGACGGCCAUUACAUGUAUGAGUCUAUGCUCUUGGCUGAGGAUUAGGAGUUUAACAGGAUUACCCACCCCCAGCCCAUUCGCCCAUCGUGUCCUACCCCAACACUACCUCACUCGGCUGGGCCCGGGCCAGUCACCGCGCCUGCCUGGUGCCCCUGCUUAGCCCUUAAUCUUAUUAACCCUCAGCCACUCACAGCCUGCCUCCCCAUCUUGCCUCCAGUCUAUGGGGAAGAGCCCAUGGUAACAGGGGACAACCGACGGGUCACUUGUGAGGACUGAUCAUUUGUGGUUACAGACUGUGACGAAUACUUUUUAGUCGACCAAGUUGGUGGUAACUUAUUAAACGUGCAAGGAAAGAAGAGUGUGCAACUAUCAGUAACAUUUUCUGGGUACCAUGGACUGAUCCCUUGAGUGGACAAGGUCUUUGGGAUCGUCUCCUAACUGAAGAACUGGGCAGUACUACUCUUGGGUUGGUGUAACCAGUGAGUGUUCAGGAUUCCGCUCUGGUUGGCUGGAGGUCGUCUGUCUCCAGUUGCUCCAAGGUUGAGACGCGGUGGCAGCGGACGGCGUUUGAAGAUGCGGUCUCUCUCCUCACCUGCCCUCCAUGUGCGGGACCUUACUAGGGACCUCAGUGUUGGGCUGAGUAGUGGGUAAGUGGGUCCGAAUGUUGGGUUGAGUUGCUAGUCAAAUAUGUUGAGAUUUUGAGUGCUAUGUUAAAGUGUUCAAGUGUUAGCUUGUUACAAGUAUUGUGCUGAGUCGGUGUUAAUUGUUUUUUAAUGUUGAGUUGAGCGAGGCUAAAGUGUAUCUGAAGUGGAUGGGUCUGUGGGAUCAGUGACCAAGUGCAGGAUACCGUGUCGGUGGUUAGCGUAAAGUGAAUUUGAGGGUAGGAUUGAGUGGGUUAUAAGUCUGUUGACUCUGUACUUGUAAACACAAGAAAUAGAACUAGGCUUUGUCUUUGGAUGACAGCAACCCUUGGAAUGGGGCUGAGGUGGAAAUCCUGUGUGUAUGUAGCUACACUCCAGCCACCCUUCAUGUUCUGUGGGGUACAAAGGAAAGUCUGGCUAUCUAAUACCCUUUCCAGUUACAGAACGCAAGGCCACUGUACUGUAUAUCAGCUGAACUCAGGUGAACCUACCAGUUUAGCCAUCGCAGACAAGCCAAACAUGUCUAUUUUGGUGGCUAAACAUGGCUAACUUUAGCUUUCUAUUUAUUUGUGUGAAAGUUAGCCUGCUAAUUUUAAACUUGAUGAGAAGCUUCGCCCUGUUUCGUCUCAAUUAAGGUCACCUCUUAAGCUUACCCUACAUAGAACCCAGUGAAAGCUCCACUCUCAUGCAGCGAGUAUAGCUAGACAUCAGCUUUACAUUGCCGGUGGACCACAAACAUUAAAUGUGCUUCAUUUCGACCAAUGAGUCUGUAGGAUUAAUGAAUUAGCAGAUUACCGUUAAAACCAAUUGAUUUUCAAACUUGUCCAGAUUGCUGGGCACUUUGCAGGGCUGUCUUAAUCUGUGAUGCCAAAUACUCUAUUCGUAGGAUUCAGGCUAGUUGCUUUCCAGGCGUCUCAGUUCAACACAAACGGUGUGCUAAACUCUGCAUAUAGAACUUGGAACAUAUCCACACUCUUACUGUAAUAGUUUAGCGCUUCUAAUUUGGUUGAAGCCGUGUUAAAAUAGAUCCUCCGUGUUAGGUCAGGAUGCCACUGUGGUCUGUAGGUGAAGGAACCCAGAUCUGUUUUUACAGAUAGUCAGGUAUAAAAACGUAACUCUAGCCCUAACUUUAGCCUGUAAAUGAGUUUGUACACAAUUUAAAGAACAAACGCACAUACAGCCAUAGAACCACAAACCAUGAGUAGGUCUCACGCCAGUAAACUGCCAAUCAAGAUUUUUCUGGCAUUUCUACCCCUGACACCAUUGAUACAGACACCAAUACCUGCACAAAGUUGGGUAAAUGUAGAAAAAAUACCUCUAUGUGAACGUGGCUAUAUGCAAUCCCUGUGUGUGAAUUCUUCCUCCUAUUUUUCUCUCUCUCGCUCUCCUUUUAUACACGCUCAUCCCUCUUUCUCUGUCCCUCAGGUUCUCCCUGAGCUCUGAGCUGCACAGCCACACCCUGGUGACAGUGAUUGGCGGGGAGGAGGAACACUUUGAGGACUUUGGGGAGAGCAACACCUCGGAGCUGCUGCUGGACACCACCGAGGAGGGAACCGAGGGAGAGGGGGACUCGUCCCACCUCCAGACCCCCGACCAGAACAACUGCUCCUCCCUGCUACUCUCUCCCAGGUACGGACCACCCUAAAGAACAGCGCCCAGUCUAUAGCCCACACUCAGUCAGGGUCCAACUGAGCACUCAAAGUAAGACUGUGACUGAGCAGUUGUGUCGUGUAGGCUAUGUUUUUAAGUGCCACUAAUCAGUUCAAAACUCUGACGUGUCGGAUGAAGGUCACCCACAGUAGCUGCCACAUUGUUACCAACAAUAACAUUACUUUAUCCUAGGGUACCGUCAAACACACAGUGUAGAUGUUAGUAGUCUUCGUCAUUGGCUCCUGUCAGGGAGCAGGGAAAGCGUUGUCUUGCUGGAUAGAGUAGCAGGGUAGAUUUAGUCUGACUCUACAUUCUCAGCUGCAGUUUCCUAGCCACAACCUUCCCUGGUGCUGUUAUAAGCAGACUGACUGGCUGUAUGUUUGGAAAGACUGGAGGUCAAACAUUGAUAAGAACUCUCUGGAGGCCUCCUUUCCAUUCCACCCCCACUGCCUCCUGCUCCUGAAGGACGAGAUAAAAGGGAACAAGGUUAAAGUUCACUUACUUACGACUCUUCCUGUUGCUGCUUACUCUUUUAUUAAAACAUCUGUUGAGGUAAAGCUACUGCACACCAAAUGCUUACACAUAUCCAGUCAUCAAGGAGAGAUAGAACCGAGCAUGUUUAUUGAAUAGAAUUCAGCCAAAACUGAGAGUUACAGGCUUUCCAUAGGCUUGCUAACAAAGCUGGGGUUUGAGCCAGCCAGUAUGGACUGCUUUAAGUGUGUCUCACCUGACCACACAUGAACACUCAGUCCCCUCUCACUUUCCUCUGACACAGUACUGCUCUGCCUGAACACUCCUGAGCACUUCCUCUCCUCUUUUUCUGCACUCGCUCCACCCCCUCCUUCUCCUACACUCUGUUUUCACUAAGACACUAAGCCGGAUAAUGCAUAAUUCCCAUUUGGGUGAUAUUUUCCCUAUCUUUCAUUCCUGUAAGUUCUUAGCCAGCUAACUGCCUAGCUUUUCUCGGUCACAAUAUGGAAAUAAGCUGGCCUAAAUGGAUUGGCUUUAAUGAUUCCUUCCGAGUUACCAGUAAUACUAAACCCCCCCCCCCCCCCCCUUGGUAAUUCAACCUUACAACCGUAAAUUCCUUCCAACUAAAAUGAAUGGGCACUAGGGUAGUUUGAAAGAGUCCAUUGUGAUUCAUAGUGUGUUGCAGGAGCAUUGUGGUUAGUGCAGUAGUGUAUGUGGUGAUGCCGAGAGACGUGCUACUGAUCAGAGCUGAAGUGUAAAAUGGCUCUGACCCUCUCCACACUGAUGUGUGUAAACACACACCUCUUGGACGCACAGGAUGCUAACCACUCUCCUCAUCUUACUAGACACACACACACACACCUAGACGGUACACUGCUGCUCCGCUGCCACUGUGUCUACAAACACACCCUACUGCAGCUGUAACUGCACAGAAGUGUCCUUCAUUACAAGCUAGCCAGCAGAAAAUGCCUGAGACGGCACAGCAGUGAUUCACAGGAACCUAUGACCACCUCGAGACACACACGCCACACGUACAGGAAUCGGAGCCAGCCUAUUGCAAAACACAGACGAGAUGCACUCUCUGAAUAAAUAAUCAGCCAGAAAAGGUGAUGUGAGGAGAGGCUGCAGCGCCAAACACACUUAAGUUAACUAUUGAUGUUUGUUUGUGUGCUAGGAAUAGCGAUGCAGGUUUUGUUUUGUUCAAGUGAACUGAAUAUGAACCUCACUGCAGCUCAUCGGAGCCAAGUCACUAAAGUAAUACAUGAAUGUACAUAUAAAGGUGUGCCCAAUGACAGUAGCCCUUUCGUUGAAGGGACAGGAAGAACCCUUGGUUGGAACAGCGCUCUUAGACGGAAUCCAUCCUUUCAGUGAACUCCACAGCCCAAUUACUCACAAAGUUUCCCUUUUCACAAACUCUCAUAAUCCUGCACUCUUGAUCCCCAAAGCUUCCUCUUCUCCAUCACGGUGCACCCCACUUUUCCGUCACUCACUCCCCUUCUCCUCCUUUCCUCCUCUCUUUCUCUCCCCAGCACCCCCACUACUCUCCCUGACAGCUUUCAGAGCUUCCUCAGGGAGGAGGCACUGGAUUUUUUCUGUAACCAAUGUCACAAACAAAUCUCUCGCCUGGAGGACCUUUCCACUCGCCUCAAUUUCCUAGAGAUGAAUAGGUAACACUCCCCACCACCACUAAGGUUAUCCCGUGUGUGUGUGUGUGUGUGUGUAUUGCCGUGUUGACUAGGUAACACACACUGCUCUCGUUCUCUGUGCGUGUGCUGUCCUGUUGUGUUUAGUUUGUAAGAUGCACACACGUGUGUUUAAUACUGUCAAAUAGACAGACACAUGCACAGAGUUUGACAGUGUUUGUGUGUAUGUUUUUGAAUAGGUCGUCACACACAUCUCACGCCACUCAUCUUGACUCUUCAGUGCACGUUUGUGUGUGAGUUAGAGUUUGGCUUGACUUGUCUUUGGGGAGAACCUCUCACUCAAACUCAAGCUUGCUCACGGUGUCUGGGCUGUAGCGAUAUAAAUCAGGUUUGUAAGGUUGUUAGUCGAUGUUCGUAAAGGUGAGUUAGGUGGACCGUUGUGCUUUGCUCUAGCUGUUAGUGCCAGGUGGCCAACAGAAGGUUUUCCCAGAGUUCCCAUUGCUCAUAUCAGUGCAUGCCUUAUGAGUUUCAUGCAUACAUAUAUCGCAUCCUGUCAAGGACCUGGAAACAAUUCCAUGUGUGCAGUGACAAACGUUGCAACAACAACAAAAAAAUGCUAAACCUGAAUUAACUUCCAGGUGAUUGACGUCAUUGGCAGUGGUGUAUGGCUUAGGUCAUUGCUCUCAUAUUCCAUUUAAAGUACUCAUUCCAUUGCAACCUUACAAAUGGACUGAAUCAUCUUGUACCUGUUCAAGCAUGAGUGCUGAUGGGAAAAACGAACCUUUUUAGCCAAUGCACAUGCUUUUGUGUCUGGGCUGUGUUCAUUAGGCACCAAACAGAUGAAAAUGGACUCAAACAGGGAGUGACUAGGCCUACCUCAUAGACUUGUCCAAUAAAAAACCACGCAUUUUUGUUUUCUGUUGCAUUUCAAAUGUGUGUGUUUUUAUUGCUGUGGUGUGUGUGCAGACGUGCAUGUGAACAUGUACCGUACUUCAGGAUCCUAUGCUCCUAUGCUCCCGGUAUGACAACCUCUUUAUCCCUCUGAGUUUUGGAACGAGGGGAUGGAGGGGUAGGGAGGAAGGACACCAGGAGACAGACGUUGUCUCUUUCAACUGUUCUUUCUCUCGUCUUGACUGGUUUCCUGUUGUUCCAUCCCCCCAUUCAGCUCCAGCAAGAGGCUGUCCAGCAAGAAGGUAGCACGGUAGGUCAAAAUGAGUUAGUUUCAUGAAUUCAGUAGAAUAUUAUUUUAGAUUGAAUGUGAAAAUAUGGUGGAUUUUGACAAACGCAACAAGCUAUCCUGACUUAGCGUGAAACUGUAUAGUGAAAGCUUUCCAGGACGGAACAGUUUUGAGCUGCUUUCUUUAUCACAAACAUGUAUUUAUUCUCCGGCGUUUUAAAGACACCUCCUCCAGAACAGCUCCUUGACGCUGGACAGCAUGAGCGAGCUGUCGCGGGACAUACUGGACCUGGCCGACACCGACAUCACUGACAAGGUCAGAGUUCAACGUCACAACACAGCCAUCAUAAGAUUAUACAGCAUCAUACCGAGUUUAGCAACAGUGCCAAACAGCAUUAUACAGCACUGUAUGUCAAUGGAAAGAAAGAGUUCCGUGUCAAACAACACAAUAUCACCACGUCAUACACUGUAUCAUACACUGUUGGGUUUAGAGCUUGAAAGAAAGGCAUUUCACUGUACCUGUGCAUGUGACAUUAAAACUUGAAACCACUGAACAUGAAAUAAAAAAGAUCAUCCAGUUCUCAAUGGCAUCGCUUAAAUGCCACAAUGCACCGGUCAAUUCCACACAGUGUUGUGCCACAGAACACCUUGGAAAGACUUGGAAGAGUCGCCCCCCCCAUUGUGGGCUAAAAGAGAUCCUAAUAAACAAACACUGCUUUGUGCUAACCCUCACCCCGUCCUCCUCCCAGGUGCUCCUGCUGGAGCGUCGCGUGGCGGAGCUGGAGAAGGACUCGGAGGCCAGCGGGGAGCAACACGCGCGCCUCCGCCAGGAGAACCUGCAGCUGGUGCACCGGGCCAACGCCCUGGAGGAGCAGCUCAAGGAGCAGGAGCUCCGCGCCGAGGACCACCUGCACCAGGAGACCCGCCGCCACAAGGACGCCCUCACCAAGCUGGAGCGGGAGAGGGGCCUGGAGCUGGAGAACCUGCAGGCUAGGUAUGUGGGGGGUGGGUAUGUGUCUGGUAAGACGAGGAGAGUGGUUAUCAUCCUGUGCGUAGCAUCCUGUGAGGUCUGUGUUUGUGGGGGGGGGGGGGUCAGAGCAAUUUUUCACUUCAGCUCUGCCCAGGUGUGUGUGUGUGUGUGUGUGUGUGUGUGUGUAGCAAGGGUGGCCAGCUGGUGUGCCUGCCUGGUGCAUAGGCCUUUAGAGGCUGUGAUUGUCAACACUGCUCCAUUGACUGUGUCGGUCAGUGACAUUGUGGGGCUUCACUGCCACCUACUGGUCUACAGCUGAUUCAAAGCUUGAUGAUGAGUUGGUUAUUUGAAUCAGCUGUGUAGUGCUAGGGCAAAAACCGUGAACCCAGGGGGGGCCCCAGGACCAGGUUUGGGAAACCCUGGUCUAGAGUACCACAACCCUCCCAAAGCCUUUGAUCCCAAAGCUGUUUCUCUCAGUAGAGUAGACAUGUAUGUAACAGGUAGCCGCCAAAAUAAAGGAAACACUUGAGUAAAUGAGUGUUCUGGCAGCUCUGUUAUGGUGUGCAUUUUCCUGGCAUGGUUUAGGUCUACUCAAGGUAAACGGCAAUAAAUACACUGCCAUUCUGAGUGAUCACCUUCAACCUAUGGUGAAUCAUUUCUAUCAAGAUGGAAGUUUCUUCCAGGAUGACAAUGCCCCCAUCAACAGGGCCACGAGUGGUCACUGAAAUGGUUUGAUGAGCAUGAAAACGAUGGAAACCAUAUGCCAUGUCCGACUCAGUCACCAGAUCUCAAACCAAUUGAACACUGGAGUGGCCCCUGAGACAGCAAUUUCCACCACCAUCAACCAAAAACAAAUAUAGAAUUUCUCAUGGAAGAAUGGUGUGGCAUCCCUCCAAUAGAGUUCCAGACACUUGUAGAAUCUAUGCCAAGGCGCACUGAAGCUGUUCUGGCGGCUCAUGGUGGCCCAACGCCCUAUUAAGACACUUUAUGUUGGUGUUUCCUUUAUUUUGGCAGUUACCUGUAGGUGUCACAGCAGGUCAGUUGUUGCCUGACUACCAAGACUCCUUGCUUCGGCCAAAAGCCACGCCCACGGACGUUAGUUUCCUUCUCCGCAAUGAGUCUGGAUCUGAGUACCUCCCUGACCCUUCACCAAAUGCGAACACGUUCGGGGCCGGCUGAUUGGUCCAGAAACCGAUGGGUUGGGCCAGAGCCAGAACACACGUGGGUAAAGCGGCGUUUUGAAAAUAUGUCAUUGGCUUUGAUAGUUUGAUUGGUUAGAGACGAUCCGAUCGCUGAUGACUUUGUUUUGUACAACACCCCUCGUGCCCCUCGUCACCACAAACGACUUCAAUGAUGGCAGUCUCAGACUAAAGUAUGUAGCGAACGACAGAGCAGCUAGGGCGUCAGGCUAGGUCAGCUGUACUGUACUGUAUCUCCUCAGCUGUGAAUGUGUCAGUGUGUGGAACAGAAUGUUUAAUUGAAUUUGUUGAAUGAAUGAUUUGAAUAGAUUGAAUUGGGGGUUGUCAAAUGUGUACCGUGGCUAUAUGUAAUCGAACUGUGCUGUUUUCUGCCCUAGGCUGCAGCAGCUAGAUGAGGAGAACAGUGAGCUGAGGUCCUGUGUGCCCUGUUACCGCGCCAACAUCGAGAGACUAGAGGAGGUAAGAGCACUGUCUUCUCUCCUCCUCCCUUUCCUCUCCUUCCACCUCCCUAUCCCCUCCAGUUUCCUUCUCUUCCCCCAUCUCUCCUUUCUCUUCCUUCCAAUCCCUUAUCUGUUUACCUCUUCUCUCCAUCCACCUCAACCCCCAUUUCCCAAGUUUCCUUCCCUCCCACUCAUCUGUCCUUUCUCUUCCCUCCCAUACCUUAUCUAUGUAUCUCUCCUCUCAUCCCUCCUUCCUCUUGUUCGCCCAUCAGGAGAAGAGGAAGUUGGAGGACGAGGUGGAGGACGUGACGGAGCGGCUGAACGAGGAGCUGGAAACCCGGAGGAAGACUACCGACAAGUUGACCCAUGAGCGCCACCAGAACCAGAAGGAAAAGGAGCACACGCAGGAGGUGAGAGGUCACGAGGUGACACCUGACUCUGAAUACACGUCAAAUGUGGAGGGCUGUCCGUCAUUUAGUUUUGGUCUGUCAAUGAGUAGGAUUAGGGUUCCUUUUGGCUUUUCGUUAUUUCUCAGCUGCUGGGUAGAAAAUGUAUAAAAACCUUUAUUUUUAUUUUUCAACCAACCCCUCCAACGGUUGGUGACUAGUUGCUCUUGCAGAAUAGACUAUCUCUCUCUAACAGCGGUCUUUCUCUCUCUCUCCCCCCCCCCCCCCUCCCCCUUCUCUCCCUCCACCAGCUGAUUGAGGACCUGCGGAAGCAGCUGGAGCACCUGCAGCUGUACAAGCUGGAGGCGGAGGCUAGGAGAGGGCGCUCUCCCAGCGCCGGGCUGCAGGAGUACCAGAGCCGCACCCGCGAGGCCGAGCUGGAGCAGGAGAUCCGACGCCUCAAGCAGGACAACCGCAGUCUGAAGGAGCAGAACGACGAACUGAACGGCCAGAUCAUCAACCUGAGCAUCCAGGGAGCCAAGAACCUGGUGACGGCCUCCUUCUCCGAGUCACUGGCCGCCGAGAUCAACUCUGUGUCCCGGGGAGAGGUGAGUCACAAUAUAGAUAGAUACAUGUAUACAGUAGAUACACAUAGAUAUACAGUGAAGGCGAUGCAUUGAUGUAAAGGUCAUAAAUAUAUGUCCACGUCCAUUAUCUCAGUAGCUAGGUUUCCAUCCAAUUGGCGACAGAUUUUCAUGCAAAUAUUCUACAAUCCACAAAGCUACAUAAAAAAUGCACAUUUUCCUGCCGGAGAUGUGUUUCCAUAUAAUUAAGUUGAUGCAGAGAAAAGUAUGUGCGUGAUUGACGUUGUGCACAUAAAAAUAACUUUUGCAGUUAAAUUCCCAUGUACCUAAUAAAAAAUACAAGUUAAAUGGGUUUCGAUGGCAUGUUCAACUCUGCUGAUUUUUGUCACCAAAAAUGUUGCGUUAUAUAGCGAAUGUGCCCACUUUGGUAUUGGCAGGUGCAUUAUAUAGCGAAUGUGCCCACUCUGGUCUUGGCACAUGCGCUCUAGCCAAGAGCUUGCGGGUAUAGCCUACAUGACGAGAUUAUUAUGGACAAAAGGACAGAGCGAGAUUAUUUUAAUUUGUCAAAUGGCAGCCAAGCAUCGAUCUUCAUGUCACUAGAAUAAGACCCUCAAUAUUUAUUGGAAAGCAGCAUCAAGCUCAUCACCGUGCACUUUCACCACCCUGUGAAGUUCAUCAUAACUUAUUUCAUGUGUAGCCUAAUAAACUGCAUGCUUUCCCGCGUCGUAGAGGGAGGACCACACGUCAUCGCGUGACUCCAACUUUGCUUUGAUAAAAUGGUUAUUAUAUCAAUAUUUGUGCAUAAAAGUGUUUCUACUGCCAUUUUUCGCAUAAUUAAUUUUACUGACACAAAAAGAUCCCACCUUAUCUAGCGUAUUUUGUUUUGUUGACAUCUGGAAAGUUUACUGACAAAUUUGCUGUUUUCAUCAGGCCUGUCGUGACAUUUUUACUCGCAUAAAAAGGUUGGAUGGAAAUGUGGUUAGUGAGACUAACCUUGAUGAAUAAAGGUGGAAUAAAAUACAUUUCUUAAGACUCCUGGUGCCCAUAUUGUGGCCCCAUCAAAAUUCGGAAUCUUAAACAUAUAUUUUGCUGAACUCUAUAUUGUAUAUCUUGUUGUCCCUUUUUACCAUCUUGAAUAAUUGUUCAGUGCAAAUGAAAAGGUCACUAAGUUACUAUCCUUGUAAACAUUAGAUCUGUUUUGUUUUUUUGCAGUUGAUGGAGGCCAUCCGCAAGCAGGAGGACGUCAACUUCCGACUACAGGACUACAUCGACCGCAUCAUCGUGGCCAUCAUGGAGUCCAACCCCUCCAUGCUGGAAGUCAAGUAGAGGUGGCCAUCUUGGAAUAGGGCAGCCUGACGGCCUCUCCGCCUCACUGGACUGCCAUACUGGGAGAGACUGGCUAAACACUUAAAGACUGGCUACUGAGACUGACCACAGAGAGAGAUAUACCUAUUGAACUAUAUUAGGUGGAAGAAAGCACUCCAAUUACCCUUAAAGAAGAUUUAAAAGAAGAUUAAAAAAGAUUAUUUUUUUGUCACUGUUGAUGGCUGUUGUCUAUGAGAAAAUAAGCUACAUGGUUUAACGUCCCUGGGAUUUGAGCUUUGCUUUGUGUGUGUGUGUCUGUUCCCCAUGUCUACAGUAGGCUUUGGUUCUAAUGACUUCCCUGUAUUUGGGUAGAGGGACCUGAGUUUUCCUUGUUUGUCUGAAGUUGUGUGUGCCUAUGUGAUUUCUCUGAGGAACCCUUGGACUCCAUGGAAGACCUGGUUAACAUGUCACUGUCCCCUUAAAUAUAUUUUCGGCAAUGAAAUCUUAUGAGCCCCAAUGCUAGCAUGAUUCUGAAGCGUAUUGUCCUUGCACUACAUAUCAGCCCAUACCAUCUUUCACCAUGAGCUCAGUAAAUGAACUCCUGGGGUGUUUGGGAGCGUUCUCCUGUAUCACACUGAACAAUGUUUAAUCCACAUUUAAACCGUAUGUUGCACUGGUCAGGAGACGAGGUCAGAUGAAGUUGACCCUGGCUGCUCUCUUGAACACAGACUUGCGGUGCCGCCUACUACAUAAACCGUGUCAUGUUUGCAGUGUAAAUCUUUAUCCUGGUUUGUCUUUUGACUUGGAUUAUAUUCCCAGUGUGAGUUUAGGCAACCCAGGUGAGGGACAUUUCCUGGGGUAGAGGACAAGAAAUGCCCUGAGGGUUAGUGUGUGUGUGUGUGUGU